AUGCGCAUCUCUCAAGCCUCGCUGGGCGCGGCCCUCACCAUGGCCCUGGGCACCAGCCUGACGCAGGCUCAGUACCUGAUCAAUGAGCUCAGCCUGGGCUACACCGGAACCGCCUACACGGUCGGGCGCUUCGACGGCCUCGUCCUCGUCGUCGACACGUACGGCGGCUCGGGCGGCAUGAUCCGCGGCUUCCUCAACGACCGCACGACCGACUUCAGCGCCCAGGGCGACAUUGCCGGGCUCGCUUUUGGCCACUGCCAGUACGCCUACCGCAACCUCGGCCGCCCGAGCCAGAUCAAGAUGCGGCAGACGGCCGACAAGUUCUCCGUCGAGGUCGACGGCACCCCCUGCUUCGCCACCGACAAGGUCAAGGUGCCGCUGGGCUACCAGUUCGGCAUCACGGCCGCCAGCGCCGACAACCCCGACUCGUUCGAGGUGUUCAAGCUCGUCGUCAUGUCCGAGAGCCUCCACCCCGAGGCCAGCUACACCCAGCAGGGCCAGACCGGGUCCAACCAGGGCUCCGUCGGCAACGAGGCCGCCCAAAAGACCAAUCAGCAGCAGCAGCAGGAGCAGCAGCAGAAGAUGAGGGACAACUCGGGCGGCGGCGGCGGCGGCGGCGGCUGGUUCAGCAAGGACACGAGCAAGGACACGAGCAAGAACGCGCCUCUAGGCGGCGACGGCGGCAGCGGCAGCGACGAGGACCCGUUCGACAUCAAGGACCAGUCGGCGGAAAUGUUCUCGUCGUCGGCCGAGCAGUUUGCCGACCUGCACAACCGGCUGCAGAGCCUGACGCACCACAUCAGCAACGUCUUCCGCACCGUGUCCAAGCACGCGCGGUCGGGCGAGCAGUCGCGGGCCGAGGUGUCGCGGCUCAUCGACACGGUGCGUCUCGACGUGCUGCCGCGCCUCGACCACGUGCGCACGCUCGAGACCAAGUAUAGGGGCCAUGUACAUAUCGAAAGAGUCCAGACUUCACAAAGCACGCAAUGA